CAACAAACCUAUUUCUCUACGACUUGGGAGUUGCAACCCUCGACUUGCUUCUGAUUCUCUCUCAAUCUGCGCUCGCUUCCGUCCUUCCUUUUUCUGUGACUUGCGACUCUUUCUCUCACUCGUUGUGUCCAGACGUCCAUUGGUCCUGUGGCUGAUCUUAAUCCUCCAAAACCAGGUUUGAGUCGUAACUUAGGUUUCAUUUAAGCACUUGCAGUAGCUCAAUGAGGAUUCUUCUCCCAUCCCUCAUUAGUCCGGCCAAAAAAUCGUCAUAUCACUGGCUUUCUUCACCUCUGCCGUAACGAAAACAUGUGGCGGAUUUGCUGGCCCUUUUGAGAGUUCCAAGUUUACCAUUUCUCAGAAUUGGAAUGAGAGCGCCGAAUGCAACUGAAUAAUGUAGAAGCAACUGAAUGCAAGGAUGAAGACUCUUGUUAUAUGCCGAGGGAAGUUAUGUGACUCUAGUUCAAAAUGCUCUGAUAUUGUUGCUCUGUGUGGGAGGUUGCUAUCUUCAUAUAAUGGGCCUUUUGAACUGCAACGAAGAGCUCUUUCUUCUAUGAGUCGAAGUGAUCAAGAGCAAAUUAGAAAAUUUGAUGGAGAAAGGCAAGGAGUGGAGUCUGUGUGCCAGAUCUUGGAGGGUGGUCCGUGGGGGACGUCCUUGGAGAAUGCUUUAUCCACCUGCAAUGAUAGUGCACAAACUGAUGUGGUCAUUGCUGUUUUACGGAAACUGAAGGAUGUCAAUCUUGCAGUAAAUUAUUUUCGAUGGUCUGAGAGGAAAACCAAUCAAGCACAUUGCCCUGAAGCUUACAAUUCGCUUCUAAUGGUGAUGUCAAGGAGUAAGAAGUUUCAUCAGAUUGAACAAGUUUUGGAAGAAAUGAAUCUUGCUGGUUUUGGCCCAUCUAAUAGCACAUGCGUUGAGUUAGUUGUAAGCUGUGUUAAGAGUCAUAAGCUAAGGGAAGCUUAUGAUCUGAUUCAACUAAUGAGAAGGUUCAAGUUUCGCCCUGCGUUUUCCGCUUAUACAACUCUAAUUGGAGCUCUCUCUACCGUACAUGAACCCGAUCUCAUACUCACGCUGUUUCACCAGAUGCAGGAGCUAGGUUAUGAAGUAAACGUGCAUCUAUUCACAACCGUGAUCCGUGUAUUUGCUAGGGAGGGUAGGAUUGAUGCUGCUCUUUCUAUGUUGGAUGAGAUGAGAAGCAACUCUGUAGAUGGUGAUAUUGUUCUGUAUAAUGUCUGUAUAAACUGCUUUGGUAAAGCAGGCAAGGUGGACAUGGCUUGGAAGUUCUUUCACGAAAUGAAAGUUCAUGGCAUCAUGCCUGAUGAUGUUACAUAUACUAGCAUGAUAGGCGUUCUCUGCAAAGCUAAUAAACUCAAUGAAGCUGUUGAGUUAUUUGAGCAGAUGGAGCAUAAUAAGAAGGUCCCAUGUGCAUAUGCUUAUAACACGAUGAUCAUGGGUUAUGGAAUGGAUGGAAAGUUUGAUGAAGCAUUUCGAUUACUUGAGAAACAAAAACUGAAGGGUUCGAUCCCAAGUGUGGUUGCAUACAACUGCAUUCUCACUUGUCUUGGAAAGAAGGGGAGAGUAGAUGAGGCUUUGAAGUUAUUUGAGGAGAUGAAGAAAGAUGCAGCGCCUAAUCUCUCGACAUAUAAUAUACUCAUAGAUAAUCUUUGCAAGUCUCACAAGCUUGACAUUGCUGUAAAGAUUCAAGACUCCAUGAAAGAAGCUGGUUUGUAUCCUAAUAUUUUAACUGUGAACAUAAUGAUUGAUCGACUGUGUAAGUCUCAACAACUUGAUGAAGCCCAUGCGAUAUUUGAAAAUAUAGAUCACAAAGUUUGCCCCCCAACCAGUUAUACAUAUUGCUCUCUUAUAGAGGGGCUGGGUAGGCACAACAGAGUUGAUGAUGCUUACAGGCUAUAUGAAAGAAUGGUGGACUCUGGUGUGAUUCCAGAUGCUGUUGUCUAUACGUCUCUUAUCAGAAGCUUUUUUAAGUUAGGAAGAAAGGAAGAUGGCCAUAAGAUCUACAAAGAAAUGGUUCGUGGGGGAAUCAGUCCAGAUCUAACCCUUUUAAACGCUUAUAUGGACUGUGUUUUUAAAGCUGGCGAAACGGACAAAGGCAGAGCUUUAUUUGAAGAAAUUAAGGCUAGGGGUUUUAUACCAGAUACUCGGAGCUACUCUAUACUAAUACAUGGAUUAAUAAAAGCAGGGUUUGCACGAGAAACCCAUGCUUUAUUCCAUGCGAUGAAGGAACAGGGGUGUCUCUUGGAUACCCUUGCCUAUAACACUGUUAUUGAUGGAUUUUGCAAAUCAGGUCAGGUAAAUAGAGCUUAUCAGCUUUUUGAAGAAAUGAAGGUGAAGGGACAUCCACCCACUGUCGUUACCUAUGGAUCUGUGAUUGAUGGGCUUGCAAAGAUUGACCGGCUUGAUGAAGCUUACAUGCUUUUUGAAGAAGCUAAAUCAAAAGGUGUCGAGUUAAAUGUAGUUGUGUACAGCAGUCUUGUUGACGGGUUUGGAAAGGUUGGUAGAAUUGACGAAGCAUAUCUAAUUAUGGAAGAAUUAAUGCAGAAAGGUUUGACACCUAACAUAUACACAUGGAAUUGCUUGCUUGAUGCACUGGUGAAAGCUGAAGAAAUUAACGAAGCCCUCGUAUGCUUUAAUUCGAUGAAGGAUUUAAAGUGCAUUCCAAAUGCUAUUACUUACAGCAUUAUCAUAAAUGGUUUAUGUAGAGUUAGAAAGUUCAACAAGGCAUUUGUGUUUUGGCAGGAGAUGCAGAAGCAAGGGCUACAACCAAACGUGAUCACAUAUACUACAAUGAUUUGUGGGCUUGCAAGGGCUGGAAAUGUAUUAGAGGCCCAUCGUCUCUUUGAAAGGUUUAAGAAAACUGGAGCUACCCCGGAUUCGGCUUGUUAUAAUACUAUGAUAGAAGGCUUAAGCAUAUCAAAUAGGGCGAUGGAAGCAUACUCGUUAUUUGAGGACACUAGAUUAAAAGGCUGUAACAUAUAUCCAAAUACUUGUAUUGUACUUAUGGAUUCAUUACAUAAGGCUGAAUGUCUUGAGCAGGCAGCAAUUGUGGGUGCUGUGUUGAAGGAAACAGCAAAGGCUCAGCAUGCUUCAAGGUCCAUGUAGAAACAUAAUUUUGUUGAUGUUAUACAAUCGAAUCACACCCAUAUGAG